AUGGAUAUCAAUGCUUUGCUGUCGCCAUCAGAAUCACCGGUCCAACAACAGGCUGCACCACAGUCGAAUACCGCAGCGCCCAUCAGGCCAAGGGCCCAACCACGUCCUGCUGGUGGCAGACGUACUGCAUCAGGCCUCAGCAAUGAAAUCUCAAUGACCUCGCCGCCGCCCGAGCCGCCGCGUUCAGCGCCUGCACCAGGGCAGAUCAAUCAACAACAGAGGAACGCAUAUGCUUCCGCGUGCAAUGACGCGCAGGACAUGAGGAUUCUCAGAGGCGACCACGACGCUCCUGAAAGAAGGAGUUCCCAUGCAACGCAACAGGCUUUCCGACCACAACUUCAGUACAUCGACCGCAGGCACUCGUCAACGCCGCAGAUGGAGACUUUGGCAGAUCUUGCUUCGAUGCAGCAUCAUCAAUUACAAAGACAGCACUCCCUGGUUGACGCACAAUUGCCAUCUUUCAAUCGCCGCGCCUUUGCUCCUCAGCUCGCACGCUCUGCACUUUCCUCCUCGCAGGUCGCCAUGGCCGAAGCUCCGGCUCAAACGCCCGAGCCGCGUGCUUUUACGGCUGCUUCACUAACCGAACAGGAGAUCCAGACCAUCACCGAACUGGUCAAGUACCUGGCCGAGAAUUCCUACGCUUACGACUCCCACGUGCAACUAAUCAACCUACUCCACAAAGGGUUCGUCGCCCAUGUCUACGGUACCUCGGAUGUGGUCAUCAACGAUCCGAGAGACUAUAACCUUCUACCUGAUAUGCGACAAGCGCGUGAGGCCAUGGACUCUCGCUUCGCUGUUGGAGAAGACAUCUGGAAAGAUUGGAUCAACGAUGAGGCCAUUUUGGCUCGUCAGAGUGAGGAGCGUGUUGCCGUUAUGGAUCUGUGCCAGAAAGCCGUUCAGGAUGAACCUACCAGUGUCACUCUUUGGUCCAUCUAUGGCGAAUGGGUCAUGCAGACCUACUCAAUCGCCAAUGGUUUUAUCGAGGGAGACCCCAACGUCUGGACCGACAUCGACAAGGAAAUCUGCAAGGAGGUCUUCAGUCGCGACAUUUGCUUGAAUGUAUGGGAGAAAGCCGUCGAGGCCACAGCAUGGCGCAUAGAUGAGAGCCACCGCGUAUGGGAUCGUUACGUCGACCUCAUGCUACAGGAGUUCCCAGAGAAUCCAUCUUCCCAAGCAGUUGAACACAUCAACAACAUCUUCAUGCGCCGCCUUCGCACUCCACACGCCAACUGGUCCGAGACUUCCUCAAAGUUUUGGCCCAUUGUCUCAAAGUUCAAUGCGCACAACUGGGAAGAGAUUAUGGCUGCCACCAACGAGAUGGCCGCCCCUGCUAAACAGCAAUUCGCUCUCCGAGAGUCACACGAGCUGAACUUGCAACGAGCAGCUGAAUCUGGCGAUAGUGUUGCUCUCUACAACGCCUUCUCCGAAUACCUCAUCUGGGACCGAAAAAACAAACGUCGCUCGCCAUUCGAUUUUGAGCUGCGAUGUUCCUUGUACGAAAGAGCUCUGUUGCGCUUUCCUACCGUUAUCGAGUGGUGGCUCGAUCUUGCUGACUUCGUUUUGAAGACCAACUCACACAGUCCCGUCAUCUUGACCAUCUUGGAAAGGGCUACUAGACAUUGUCCAUGGUCUGGGGAUUUAUGGUCAAGGCGUGUUCUGCGCGCCGAGGUUGACAAGCUCCCCUAUGACGAAGUUGAACAAGUCAAGCACAAGGCUACCAACAGUGGUCUUCUCGACAUUGGCGGCAUGGAGGAAGUCCUGAAAGUGUAUUCUUCGUGGUGUGGCUACCUUCGUCGCAGAGCUUUCGCGCCAGACAAUACCGACGACGAGAUUGACAUGGCCGAUAUGGGUAUCACAGGCACUCUUGAAGAUGCCGCUGUAGCUGGUAAGAAGAUCUAUGGCGGUGAUUACAAAGGAGAUCCUCUUUUCCGUCUGGAGAAAAUCCGCGUCAAGUUCCUCGCCGAGGCUCGACGCUACCAGGAUGCGAGAUUGGUUUUUGAAAAGUCGAGAGCCACUCAUGCUGCGAGCGCCGAUUUCUGGCUUAGCUGGUAUCGGUUCGAACUUAUGGUUUGGGCCCACGAACGCAUGACCGAGACAGUCCGCAUCGAGACGCCUGAAACUGCACCACACAGAGCGACCUCGGUGCUGCGCGAGGCUUUGAACCAAAGAAAUCUUGAUUGGCCAGAAAAGAUUCUUGAGAUCUGGCCACUCCACUUUUCCCAAAAUGAGACACCUGAAGCAUUGCAAGAGGCUCUGGCAGAUGGCCGGACUGCACAAUUCUUUCUUACCCAAAGGCGGACAAGAGAGGUAGCUGAUGCUGCUGCUGCUGCUCCAGCCCCCGAAGCACAACCUCAAGCAACUGAACUAGAGACAAUUCCCGAAGAAGCGCCCACCACGUCCAAGAGGAAACGCGAGAGUGAACUGGAACAAGAGGCCGAAGAUGCCGCUAAGAGGAACAAGACUGAAGAAGACUCUACAAAGCCGCCCUACAACGAAGUCUCAGCUUCAGCUUCGGCCCAGAUCAAACGCGAUAGAGAGCACAACACAAUUACCGUCAAGGAUUUGCCGAGCGAUGUCACAGAAAAGCGCGUACGACAGUUCUUCGACGAUUGUGGAACCAUUCUUUCCGUCGGUAUAGUAGCUGACGACAAUGCCAUGACUGCACACGCCGUUAUCGAGUUUGAAACCGAAGAGGAUACUCUGUCCGCCAAGACCAGGGACGGAAAGACCUUCGAUGGCAACACCAUCCGCAUACAGUCUGGAACGCUUUCAACUCUUUACGUGACCAACUACCCUGCCGAAUGGGACGAGGUCAAGAUUCGUGAGAUGUUCCAAGGUUUCGGUACAAUUGUCAGUGUCCGCUUGCCAUCCCUCAAGUAUAAUCAGCGACGCCGCUUCUGUUAUGUGCAGUUCCUCACAUCUGAAGAAGCCCGUGCUGCCACAGCUCUAGACGACAAAGCUCUGGACGGUCAACACCGUCUUGUUGCUAAGAUUUCAGAUCCUCAGGCCAAGAAGGGGCGCUCCGGUGCUGUAACAGAAGGUCGAGAAUUGCAUGUUGGCAACAUUGACUUCCACGCUACUGAAUCAGACAUUCGCGACCUGUUCCAGCAACACGGCACUGUUGAGAGUGUUCGCAUGAUUAAAAACUUACAAGGCAGGUUCAACGGCACAGCAUUCAUCGUUUAUUCGAAAUCUGAGGAGGCCGAGGCGGCAGUCGCGCUCAACAAUAAGCCGUUGAAGGAUCGUCUUCUCCGUGUCACUCUUGCGACAGACAGGAGUUCAGCGAAGAAAGACAUUGCGACCACAAUCGUCCAACAGAAUACGAGUGGAUCUCCUGCAGCCGAGGGAAGUCAGAACGGCUCUGCGGCAGCAGCCAACGGUCGUAGAGGAUCUACCGCACCACCUCAGGAGCUCGGUGAGGAUACUGCUAGGACAGUACGUGAGCGUACGAUAGCUCUUCUCGGCCUCCCUGACACUGUCAACGACGCUCGCAUUCAAGCGUUCCUCGAAACCUUCGGCCCGCUACGCAAGAUCACUGUACGCCGCGACAAGGCAGGUGCCAUGAUCGAGUUCGUCAAUCUUCAAGAUGCUGCCAAAGUCAGCAUGGGAGUUGACUGCAGUCCAUUGGGUCCAGACGUGCACAUCGACACCGUGGAGGAGCUUCUCUACCAGACAAAGGCCAAGGCUGCAUCUAAGCAACCUCCUAAGCCUGUCACCUCAUUCAAGCCUGCUCAAGCUGGAAUUUCGAGGCCUGCUCAACGAGGCGGUCAGGGUAGACGUGGAGGACUCGGCUUCAAGCGAGGUGGUGGAUUCUCCGCCAGCUCUGGCUCUGGGGCUGCAAAGUCGUCCGAAGGAGAAGACAAGGUCAUGACUGGAACCGGCGAGACCGAGACCAAGGCAAAGAGCAACAAUGACUUUAGAGCAUUGUUCAACAAGGGCAAGGAGGCCGAGACCGCUGCUGAAGACAAGGAGUAA